CCCUCCCUCCCUCCCUGCUCCCCUCAGUCCUCGUCUGUCCCACAGUCACACCCAUGCUAUUCGAGCCAACCACCCUCCUCCCCCGCUUUUCCCACAGCCUUUCUGUAACAGUUUGCCUGCUUAUGCAAGUUCUCUCCGAGAUCUUUCCGUGUUAGCUAGAUACUCGCAUAUGUAGUUUCUUUCGUCGGUAGCUAUUCUGCGGAAACCGGUGCAUCUCGUUUGGUGUAGUAGGUGGUAGUCGCUGUUUUUUUAUCGGAACCUCACCGUAGCAACAGAAAUGUCUCAGCUCGUCGAAGCGACCACGCGCUGCUGCUGCUUCCACCGAUGCGGUCGCACGGGUCGCAUUGUUUCCGUCGCCGCCGCCGACGCGCACAACAGAGAGCAGCUGCAUCUGCGCGCCUUGCAACUCGACGACCGUAAGGAAGGCGAGCGACGAGUCGCGCUCAUGCGCCAGCAGGAACAAGUUCAAGGCGCUGACGUGGACAAUUACGGAGCCACGGCCCGAGCCGGGACAGGAACCGGAACGCCCGGAAGCUCCGGCAAAUCCAGAUCUCGCGGUUCAUCCGGUCCCCGCUUCGCUUGCCGUUGCUCCCAGUGCACGUCGCGCUACGGCAGCCCGGGCCGGCUGCUGUGCGAGACCGCGUGGCGCGACCACUGGAAGCGGCGCGCGGCGGAGAUAGUGCUCCAGCAGGAGCACGAGGUGGAAGCCGCACCCGUCGCAGAGGUGUCGGAUCGUGAGUCCGGUAUCCAGGGGUGCGGCGGCGGCGGCGGCGGCGGCGGCGGCGGCGGUCGGUCUAACGGAGCUGUCGCCGGCUCGCUGUUAGCGAUUGAAGGCGAAGAGGCUGAUAGCGGUGGUCCGCUGCUGCCCAGGACCAGCUGCGACCACUGGGGUUCGGAAGCCCGCGCGCUCCCGUCCGAGAGCGGCGCUGCUGUCGCGCAACAACAGCACCAACAGCACCAACAGCACCAACACCAGCCACAGCAACAGCACCAGCAACAACGGCAUCAAUUCCAGCAGCAGCAGCAGCAGCACCAACGAGUAGCUCUCCCCGGUGCGGAGCCUUGCGCGGUCUGGACUCCUCCCAGCCGCCCGCGCGAGUUCUCCUGGCUGGCUUCGCCUAAUGCUCCGCCCGCCGCGGUGGAUUCACCGCCCAGGCCGUGGGAGGGCGUGCCGGCGGCGGACGAGCGCGUGGGGUACGGCGGGUGCGCGUGGCGGAAGCGGGGGACGGAGGCGGUGGCGGUGCGGAGCGGAGACGCGCUAGCAGGGGAGCACUUCGAGGCGCGCAGACUGCAAUUCCCGGACGACACCGCGGCUCCUGCGGCUCCCGCGGCUGCGCUGUUGGGAGAUCUCGGGGAUUUCGAGCCUGCAAAGGAUGGCUCGCCGACGAAGCGCGCGCGGGCGGGUUUCACCAGACCGCUGGCUGCCGCGACCGCUGAGGCAGCCGCAGCGGCGGCGGCCGUAGCGGCGGCGGCGGCGGCGGUGUACAGGGGGAAUCAGGCUCCCGGGUGCCAUGUCGCGGACAAGCUACAGCAGCUGCGGUGCUUCGACCAUCGGGCGCAAGGGAGACAUGGAACCGCGGCGCUAGACGCUAUGGAAGCCAUGUUGGUGCAUGCUCGCGUGGCGCUGGGUGCGGCGGCUGCUACCGGCGGCGGCGGCGCGGCUGGCACCAACACCAACUCGUUUCAAGGCGGCAUGCCGGCUACGCCGCCGGCCGGCCGGCCGUUGCCGUCGGUGGACGGAGACGAGUGUUUCGCCGGCCGGCUGGACGAUGUGUUUCAGCGGCAACAGCAGCAGCACCAGCACACGGCCGCGGCGCUUUCCCACGGUAUGCUCAGACUCCUGUUCGACGACGGCUCGCUUACAGCCUCCGCUGCCGCUGUCAACGCCAGAGCCAUGGCUGCCGCUGCUGCUGCCGCCGCCGCCGCCGCUGCGACUGCGACUGCUGGGAGAGUAGCGCCUGUCGGAGGGUUAGGUCCGGUGAUGGUGGGGGGAAUGGGCCCCGCUUCCCCUGCGCUGAGUGAGGCAGGGCGCGGGGAUUACAGAGCCGCGCGGGCGAGCCUGUUUGGUAACCCUUAUGGUGGUUACAUUCAGUAGGGGCAUGCUGGCUGAAGCAUGCAUAGGAUACCGUUCAUUUGCAGGGCUGCUGCUUUUUCCCGCCUGGGUGGCAGCAGGUUUCAGAGUCGGACCCCCUAAGCAUGUGACUGCUUUUUUAUUAUGUGCGCAUUUUUCGCUCACCUUGUGGCAUGUUGCGCACAGUUUUUUUUUUACACCAAUUUGAGAAUCC